UUUGAUUUAAUUUAGUACUUUUGUACACUAUUUGGGUAACGGUCAGGCGAAAUAGAAAACGCAUCGAGCGAAACGCACUAAGCGAAAUGGGCAACGCAGGAGAGAAAACGCACUGUUGUUUCGCCCGACCGAAUGAAAAAAGGAAGAGAGGAGUUUCCGGAAAAGAGACGAUCUUUUUGGAGAUAGGAAAGAGCAACGUGGGCAGCAUCAUUUUUUUAAGCGUCACCAAUAAAUAAAAGUGUGCUAUUAAAAAGGUGUUUAAAGUUUUCCAUCUCUACAAAUUUCUUUAAAAAUUGAUCAGCAUCAAGAAGUGGGAAAGAUGAACUGCGUUGCUUGCAAUCGCCCUGACGAAGCGGAGGAUAUGGUGUCAUGUGACAAGUGUGGAGAGUGGCAACAUUAUGCGUGUGCAGGAGUCGACGAUGAAAUUAAGCACAACCCGUGGAUGUGUGAAAAGUGCAGUUCUGGAGUGAAGACCACAGUUGAUUCGAUGGAAGUUACGAAUCACGCAGAGCAGGUCGGCGGAAACGUUAAAGGUGAGCCUAAGAGUAGGAGCGCCACGCGGUCGGCAAAGGAACGAUCGUACGACGAUGAUAAGCGCUCUCUGAAAGAGGAGCAAAGCGUUUCUAACUCCACUGUGGCGAGUAGUACUGGUGCGACAAAAAAGCGGUACAAGGACGAGAAGUUAUUAUCGACAAGUGGUGUAGAAGAGUGGCCAACGGUAAUCGACGGGCGGUCGAUCGAGCGUAAUGCAGCGGUUCGACGGCGUGAUGAGGAUACGUUGUCGAAGAAUAGCGGCGUAGCGGAGCGGCGAGAGGAAAUCGGCGGACGGUCGAUAGUUCGUGAAACAGGUGAGCGGAUGCGUGGUGACGACACGCGGUCGAUGCUUAGUGAUGGAACGGAGCGGCUGGAGGUAAUCGACGGGCGGUCGAUCGUGCGUAGUGCAGCGGUUCGACGGUGUGAUGACGAUACGCUAUCGAAGAAUAGCGGCAUAGCGGAGCGGCGAGAGGAAAUCGGCGGACGGUCGAUAGUUCGUGAAACAGGUGAGCGGAUGCGUGGUGACGACACGCGGUCGAUGCUUAGUGAUGGAACGGAGCGGCUGGAGGUAAUCGACGGGCGGUCGAUCGUGCGUAGUUCAGCGGUACGACGGCGUGAUGACGAUACGCUAUCGAAGAAUAGCGGCGAGAGGAAAUCGGCGGACGGUCGAUAGUUCGUGAAACAGGUGAGCGGAUGCGUGGUGACGACACGCGGUCGAUGCUUAGUGAAGAAACGGAGCGGCUGGAGGUAAUCGACGGGCGGUCGAUCGUGCGUAGUGCAGCGGUACGACGGCGUGAUGACGAUACGCUAUCGAAGAAUAGCGGCGAGAGGAAAUCGGCGGACGGUCGAUAGUUCGUGAAACAGGUGAGCGGAUGCGUGGUGACGACACGCGGUCGAUGCUUAGUGAUGGAACGGAGCGGCUGGAGGUAAUCGACGGGCGGUCGAUCGUGCGUAGUGCAGCGGUUCGACGGUGUGAUGACGAUACGCUAUCGAAGAAUAGCGGCGUAGCGGAGCGGCGAGAGGACAUCGGCGGACGGUCGAUAGUUUGUGGAACGGGUGAGCGGAUGCGUGGUGACGACACGCGAUCGAUGCUUAGUGAUGGAACGGAGCGGCUGGAGGUAAUCGACGGGCGGUCGAUCGUGCGUAGUGCAGCGGUUCGACGGCGUGAUGACGAUACGCUAUCGAAGAAUAGCGGCGUAGCGGAGCGGCGAGAGGAAAUCGGCGGACGGUCGAUAGUUUGUGGAACGGGUGAGCGGAAGCAAGGUGACGACAUGCGGUCUAUGCGUAGCGAAGUGAUGGGACAGCAGGAUCAUUUCAACGAUCGGUCGAUAGGUCGUGGAACGAGAGAGUGAAUACCUAGUGACGACGCGCGGUCGGUGUGUAGUGGUAUAACGGGACGAAGACAGGGUAAUGACACGCGGUCAAUACAUGAGGGUGAGGCAAGGCGGAGGCGAGAUGGUACAAGCCAACGAAGGUGUGAGGACGAUGUACUCUCACGGUACACGAAUGAGACAGUGCGCAGGGGAGACGACGAAGAAGAAGAAUUGCAAGAGAAAUUACUGAUAAAUGAGAUUGCAUUAUUCAGGUUGCAAUUGAGUAAGCGUUUGCGUGCGGAGAAAGAGAAGCAAGAGAGAGAGUUGGAUGAAUUGCGUGCUACUAGAAUUGCAAGAUAUGGGUUGGAUAAAGACAGUGUGCGAUCUAUGAUGACAGAAAGUAAAGUAGAAGAAUGGUUAGAUGAUGCGUCUAGAAAAAGUAACAAGCCAAGAAAAAAUGACGUUAAGGAAGAAAGUGAACCAACAAACAAACAGAUUGCAGCGCGACAUAUAAUCGGGAAGGAUUUGCCGAUGUUUUCGGGUGACCCGAAAGAAUGGGCCAUAUGGUACGCCGGCUACGAAAGAACCACCAAAACAUGCGGUUUUUCAUUAGACGAAAACCUGAUUAGGCUGCAACGGUGUUUAAAAGGGCAAGCUCUAGAAUUAGUGCAAGGCCGCUUGUUGAUACCUGACAAUGUUCCUUGCGUGAUUAACCGCUUAAAAAACGGUUCGGCCAGCCGAAUGGUUUGAUACGAUCGUUGAUCGACAGGGUUAGGAUGACACCUUCUCCAAGAAGAGAUGACCUGCAGAGUCUAAUUAGGUUCGGAAGCGUAGUCGAUGGUUUGGUACAGCAUAUCGAGGCAGCAAGAAUGAAAAAUCACCUUAAUAACCCUACACUGUUGCACGAUGUAGUGCACAAGCUUCGUACAGAGUACCAAAUGAAAUGGGCAGAAUAUAAAUUAAAGGAAAGUAAAGAAGAAGACCUCGGUAUGUUCGGAUGCUUCAUGAAUCUUCUGUUGGAUUUAGCUUUCGAAAUAGUUGAUGAUAAAACGGUCACUGGAAGAGGACACGUCAAUGUCCAUAACAAUAAUACGCAAAUAUGGUCACAGAGGACAUGUGCGGUAUGUAAUGGAGGAGGGCAUGGAGUAUCGACCUGUGCCACAUUUAGAUCAUUAACAAAUAACGAACGGUGGAGGCGAGUAAAAAGUUUGUCAUUGUGUCGAAUGUGCCUCAACAAACAUAGUAAAUAUCCAUGUAGAAGCUUUUCGGAAUGCGAAAUAUCGGGCUGUCGCCUCCGACAUCACACGUUACUACAUCGAACAAAUUUAAUAGAUGAUCAACAAAAUAAUGAAUCUCCAUGGCAAACGACGAGCAAUAGCGGAUAUUGUGGUACUCAUUCGAAUAUAGGAAGAACAAGUUUGUCCUUAUUUAGAAUUAUACCUAUUACGCUCGAGAAAAGCGGUCAUACAGUGAGCAUUUAUGCGCUGUUGGAUGAAGAAUCUGAUUUGACGUUACUAGAUGAAGAAAUAGCUCAACAAAUGCAGAUAAGCGAAACUCAACACGAGUUAAAAAUGAUGUGGACGGGACAAGUAGCAAGGACAGAGCGAUAUUCCAUGAAGAUUAACAGUUUAACAAUUUACGGCCAACAAAAAAAUAAAUACCAAGUUAAAGACGUACGAACAGUAUCGAGCUUAAAACUCCAUGAACGAACGAACGAACGUUGUGCUAUCAAGAACUAAAAACAAAAUACCCCCAUUUAAGUGGCCAACCGAUUAAAGAUUACAAAAGGAUAGUGCCAAGAAUGCUGAUUGGAUUAAAUAAUUUAAGCCUAAUAGUCCCAUUAAAAAUUCGAGAGGGGGCUUGGAACGAACCAAUAGCAUCGAAAUGUAAAUUAGGCUGGGGAAUAUAUGGUCGUACACAAUCAUCACCAGGACUAGGUGUCAUAGGGUACCAUAGUGAAGAAGGUUCAGACGACUUAACGCAACUAGUGCGAGACUUUAUUAUUCAUGAUAAAAUGAACAUUACACCCCCAACAGUAAUAAUUGAGGGAGAAGAAGAUAAAAGAGCUCGAACACUUUUAAAAAGUACUACUAAAAGAGUAGGAAAACGGUUCGAGACCGGACUAUUGUGGAAAACCGAUGAACCAAAAUUUCCACCAAGCUACGAUAUGGCAUUUAAAAGGUUGUUUGGACUGGAGAGACGAUUACAAAAGGACCAAAAGUUAUAUGAGAGAGUUUGCAGCUUGUUAAGGGAAUAUGUAGAUAAAGAAUAUGCGCACCAAGCUACAAUUAAUGAGCUACAAGAUACGAAAAUCGACGAAUGUUGGUAUUUGCCACUAGGAUUAGUGAUCAAUCCGAGAAAACCGAGCAAAGUGAGACUAAUUUGGGAUGCAGCAGCUGCCUCACAUGGAGUAUCUCUGAAUGCUGCGCUUUUGAAAGGCCCCGACUUAUUAAAUUCGCUGAUAUCUGUACUAUACAAAUUUAGAAAAUACGCAUACGCUUUAACGGGAGACAUAAAAGAGAUGUUUCAUCGAUUACUAAUUCGGCCUGCUGAUCGGCAAUACCAGCGUUUUUUAUGGAGAGAAAACCCAACAGAAGACGUUUCUGUAUACGUACUGGAUGUGGCUAUGUUUGGAGCAGCCUGUUCUCCAACUUCAGCGCAAUAUAUUAAAAAUCGUAAUGCAUGGGUAGUAGGUAACAAUUCUAAGCGCGCGCUGAUUAGAUUACCACUAUGUGGACGAUUACCUCGACAGUUUUGCGACGGUGGAAGAAGCCAUUGAUGUAGGACUGGAAGUGAAAAGAAUCCAUGCAGAGGGAGGAUUUGAAAUACGUCGUUUUUUAUCGAACAAUCAGGCAAUAGUGAAAGGUGUGAGUCAAGAGGCAACGGACAUAGAUAAGGCUAUAGAGAUCGACAAAGGAGUAGAAUCUGUACUGGGUAUGAAGUGGAAACCGGACAAAGACGUUUUAACUUACUCGUUUGUAAUAAGGCCGGAAAUGGAAAGAAUACUGCUAAAACACAUAUCCCCACAAAGAGAGAGGCAUUGAGAAUUGUAAUGAGCUUGUUCGAUCCUCUUGGACUGUUAUCCUUUUUCCUUGUACAUGGAAGAAUACUGCUGCAAGAGAUAUGGGCUGCUGGAAUUGACUGGGCUGAAACGAUACACGAAAGUGAAAACCAACAGUGGAGGCGUUGGAUCGACAUGUUACCCCGAUUAUCCGAAUUCAUAUAUUUGUAGAUGCCAGCAAAUCCACAUAUGCAGCUGUAGUAUAUUUCCGAGUGAUUACUGGAUACAAGCCCAUGGUUGCACUUGUCACAGCAAAGGCGAAAGUUGCACCUUUAAAGCUGAAGUCCGUGCCGCGGUUGGAGCUUCAAGCCGCGGUACUGGGCGUACGACUUCUAAACAACGUAGAAGCGAAUCACCGGCUGAAAGUCAAACGACGUGUGCUAUGGACCGAUUCCGAAAUAGUUUUAGCCUGGUUAAGAUCCGACCAUAGAAGAUACCAACAGUUCGUAGGCUUUCGAGUUGCUGAGAUACUUACUUCAACCGAUGUAAGUGAAUCGCGAAA